AUGGCUGGAUACCUGAACGGCGGCGGGCUCGGCGUCACCUACGCUGGCGGCGGGGGCUAUGGCCUUGGCUACGGUGGAGUCGGCUUGGGCUACGGUGGUGCCGGCCUGGGCUACGGAGGUCUGGGCUACGGCGGCCUCGGUUACGGUGGCCUAGGGUACGGUGGUCUGGGCUACGGUGGUCUGGGCUACGGUGGCCUCGGUUACGGCGGCCUCGGUUACGGCGGCCUAGGCUACGGCGGUCUCGGCUACGGCCUCGGAGGACUGGGAUACGGCUAUGGUCUUGGAGGCCUUGGAUACGGCGGAGGUGUGGUGGCCGCUGCCCCUGUCGCGGUUGCCGUGGCACGCCCCGUGGCCGUCGCGAGGCCCGUAGCCGUCGCUCCCCAAUUCGUAGCCGUACAGAGGCCGGUGGCCGUCGUUCAGCCGGUCGCGGUCCAGAGGACUGUGGCAUUCGCUCAACCUGCGGUCCAGAAGGUCGUCGCUCAGCCUUCCGUCGUCGCUGUCCAGCGUCCCGUCGCAGUUGCCGCACAAAAGGUGGUCAGCGUCUCCCGUCCUGUCGCAGUCGCCCAACCAGUUGCCUACGCUCAACCGGUCGCUGUCGCUGCUGCUCCAGCCGUCGGUGUCGUCGGAUACGGUGGCGGACUGGGAUACGGAGCAGGACUGGGCUACGGCGCCGGACUGGGCUACGGAACCGGACUGGGCUAUGGCGCCGGACUCGGCUACGGCGCUGGACUGGGAUACGGCUACGGGGGUCUCGGCUACGGCGGAGGACUGGUUGGAGUCGGCUACGGAAACGGCCUCAGCUACGGCCUUGGUUACGGCGGGUACGGACAAGGCGUGAAGCACGGCUACAGUCUCGGCGGGUACGGCUACGGCUACGGCGGCUACGACUACCUUCGCAAGAAGAAGUAAGCAGCUUGGACGGUUGCGCGUUGUGCGUUCUGGGUGUGACGUCAUUGGUUGACCCAUCAUCUACAGUGUGGUGCUUGCGGACUGUGUGGAAC